GUUGACCAGCCCCAAGCAGCUCUCAACGUGAGAGCGGCUAGCUACAGUAGCUAAAUGAAGUAGGAAGUCAAUGGGCGUUAAAGAAAGUGCAUUUUAGUUUGCUUCAGAUUGUGUGGUUUUUAGAAAAAGUAGUUAUAUAUACUUCGGAAACAAGAAAGUAAUUUGGACAAGUUACGUUAGCUGUAUUACCUUCCUCAGCAUGGAUUAUAUCAGCCACACACCUUGACAAAAUUAUUGUUUAGGCUAGCUAACGUUAGCGUAGCUUGCUAAGACAAAUAGUAAUCAAAAGCUCACUGGAUGGCUGGUUUAGUUUAUAUCAACGUAUGUUUAGGUAACUUGCGCCACACAGUUGAAAUGGAAAAAUCACAAUAAUAAAAAGGUUAAGUGUUGACUACCUGACUGAUACGAUUGAGGAUUCCUUUAUUCCCAAAAGGUGACGUAGGCAUGUACUGUGUUUUAACCAUGAGACCCUGCAACUAGUGAUCUAAAUAUGGAGUUGUACUGGUAUAUAGUGGUCAUCAUAUUCAUCAUCAUCAAAAUAUUCUUCUAUGUGUGCUGGUACCGCUCACGCCAGAGACAGCUGGCCGCGUACCUCAGCAACCCCCGCAAUGCCCAGAUAGUCAUUGUUGGAGGGAGGGCCUACCUGCAUCAGAUGUGUGAGAGACAGAAUACAUCUAUCUGGCCCAGUUGGUAUGGGGUCCAGGAUGAGGGAUCUGUGGGCGAGCCUUCUGCCUCACUCCCUCCGACAGCAUCUUUCUCUCACCUAGACAUGCCUCCACCAUACGAAGUUGUCUCCGGAGCGGACGACCUGAAGCCUCCUCCAUACAGCGAGCUUGCCCAGAGUAAUGAGGCUGACAACUCCUGCCACGCCCCUCUCCCCCUCCUCCCUCCCCCUCUGUCUGAGGGAGAUGACUCUGUCAGCAUCAUCAGCGAGGCCCCACCACCGUACACCCCCAGCGCCAAUCUGCAGGAGGGCCACUUCACCCUCUGCCAAUCACACUCUGAUGACCGACACAGCUAGACCAAUUGCAAGUCCUUAUGCCGACGGACUCUUUUCUGCCUAUCCAAUUGCUGCCCUUCUCCCUGCCUUUUGACCUCAGCAAUCCCUGCCAGCUAUGCUCUUACUAAACUGUGGGCAGAUACCGUGUUUUAGUUUUUCAGGUUUUAAAACGGUUGUUUUCUAUUUUCUACUAUUUGAAAGUGAUUUGUGUUGCUGAAUAUGAUAAUCAGAGAUGAUGGGGUGGAGUUGAUGAGUUUGGCUUUGUCUGACCUCUCUUCUGCUCUGGAACCAGUAGAGAGUGGGAAAGAAAGAUUUACACAAAAGCCAGUUGAGAGGAGAAAGGCAACUAUAACAUCCACUCCCCACUCAGUCCAUUGAUGGCCUUUAUUGCUGUGUGCAUUUCUCCGGUCCAUUUCUCCAUCACUUCUACUAAAGACCCUCUUAGAACUGACAAAGAGGCUCUGUCCUGCUCACCUGUCUGUAACGUCCAACAGUAUUUGCCUUGGAGAUUGAGAGCGAUAGAUUGAUACACAUAAAAGAAAAUGUUGGAAAAAAAUCAUGUUGCGGGCAUGAUUAUUGUUGUACAUUGUAGCUUAAUCUUAUCUCUUAACUCUUACUGGCUUAGUUAGGACCUAACUGUUCUGUGCAUUAUAUUGUCAUUUUCUGUUAUUGUCAUCCCAUGGGCAAAGAGAUUUUUUUUUACGAUUAUGGUCUUGGUCCUAUUUUCUGGUGAAGUUGUACAGUAUGCCAGCACCCCUAGCCCUAGGCAACCCAAUGCCACAGUUUACUGUGAGUUUGAGCGGCGACUAGAGUGGGCGGACUGAAGCUCCAACUUCACAUGCAAUUAUUUAGUUGGAUUUCAGUAUGCAAAGAAUAGCCUGCAUUUACACAAUUUGCUCCUGUUUCUGAAAUUGUGGAGUUUUGUCGGCUAUCCUUUCCAUGGUCAUCUCCAUUGACACAUUGGCAUGUGAUUGCUAGUGUCAUAACUGCUGUCAUUGUAAUGUGUCGACUACCCAUGGCCCUGAUUGGCUCUUCUCCCAAAGUGUGCCUUUGUUUACUGUACUUCGUUUCAACUGUCUGUUUUUUCCCUUCCCAUGGCCAUGAAGUACAUGUGAUAAUUGCCUGAUUGUGACCUCUCCAAAUUUUGAAGUGAAAAGUACCGUGUGAAAUUUGGGAACGAACCCUUUGAAACAUGACUAUAGGUGUAGAAUGGUAAGAUUGCCAGUGCAUUUGAGGGGCCUUUUAAAUUAUCGUUUUAUGGUCGAUGAUAUGAUAAUCCUUCAUUUUAUAAUGACAAGUCGGUGUGCUCUCGUCCCACAUUCAUUACAUUGGCCCAAGAACACCAACUGGAAUUAGUAUUGAGGUAUUAAAUUAAAUCUCUGCACAUAAAUCUAGUCCAGAAUUAAGUAGAUUACUAAAAUGUUUUUCAUUGUUAUUUGCAUCCCUAUGGAUUAGGUGCUAGAUGUAUUGGGAGUGUAAUUAUUUGAUCCUGCAUUUCAAAGACUUGAUUUUAUUUUUGAGUAGUCAUUUUAGACUGUUACUCAUGACAUUAAACAUUGUUCAUGUAUAUCG